AUGUUAGAAGAAAUCCGGAUUUAUGUAACGGAAAGGUUGUGUAUAUACAAGGCCAAAGGUCAAUCUUGGGAUUUAGGCAUAUGUCCUUCUACAAGGUUGAAGUUGAAUAAGCACAAGGAAACACAAAGGUUUUGGCAAGUGGUACCUUUUGGGUAUAUGCAAUUUGAGGUGAGGGUGGGGACUGAAGGGUAUGUUGUAGACCUGAAUACUAGGCAAUGUGGAUGCAGGGCAUGGCAUUUAGUAGGGUAUCCCUGUGUGCAUGGAUAUGCUACCAUUUCAAGCCUCAAUAGGGACGCUAAGGAGUAUGUGUCAGAAUGGUUUACUACAUCAAUGUAUGCAAGUAAAGUAGACCUUGAAGCUGAAUUGAAAGUGGAACAUGUUGUCAUGUUUGAAAGUGAAAGUGAUAGUGACUUUGAAAGUGAAAGUGAUGUGGAAGCUAAUGUUCCUGAAGUUGAUGUUCCUGAACUUGAUGUGGAAGCUGAAGUUGAUGUUCCUGAAGUUUAUGUGGUACCUAAAGUUAAAGUUGAUGUUCCUUUAGUCCAAGAUAACCUUGUAGGGGAGAUUCAAGAUGACAUUUAAGUUGAUGCUAACAUAGAAGAUGAGAUUCAAGCUAACAUUGAAGUGAAACAUGAAAUUGAAGUUCAAGAUAAUGUGGAACAUGAAAUUCAACACAAUGCAAAAAAUCAAGUUAGGAAGAGGACAAGAAAAACUUCAGAAAGACUCACAAAGAUUCAGUUAAGGAAGAACAUAAGGUGGAAGGAAGGAAGCAGUACUGACCAC